AUGACGGUCACAAGCUUGGUGAUGCAAAACCGUAGGGGCCAUGCCUCCGCCAAAGGCACCCUUCGUCUUCCCAUGAUAGCCCCCAAAGAGGAAACUCUGGAGGGCAAAUCAGACAAAAACACAAGCACAACGCCGCGCAUUCGGCUACCGCCGCGAUCUCGGACCGGCUGCUGGACAUGUCGGAGUCGAAAAGUGAAAUGCGAUGAGGGCCACCCGCAGUGUAAUCAAUGUACACGACUGGGUCACCUCUGUGACUAUCGACCCCGUCUCGCCUUUCGCGAUGACACCCCGCGAAUUAUGGGCCGCAUGGCCGGCGUGAAAACCGAGGGAAACGCGGUCUGGGAUCUCUCAUCUCCCGGCUCGACUGACAGUCGAUCCGGCGGCGACUAUUUCUCCCUGGGAGAGGCCCUGCCGGCUUUCGCUUCCUUGACCUCCGAUGAGGAGCGUGAGAAAAAAGCAGAGAGUUCGAUACCGGGCACUUACCAUGUGGUCAUGGUCCCGGAGAGCUUCAGCUCGUUGCCUGAAUAUGCAGAAGAGAUUGAGGAUUCGAAAUCGGCCGGAGAACCUUCGUACUCGGCGGCGACCAGCCCCAUCAGGACGACGAGGAGCGAGAGUGACCUGACUGAAGAUCCGAAUGUGGUCAUUCUGAGAACUUUUGAAGAUGCGGCAAGACGAGCCAUGCCGGCUGGCCGAUCUUCUCGGGUCUCGCCUACGUCCGAGAUAUCGGAUCCCUUCUGUUCCCUCUCGCUUUCCCCUACGAUGGACGCGUUUCCGUCCCCCUCACUGGGUCAGGAACAAGGAUCGUCUUCCUUCCGCCUCGAGCCACAAAUGAACCACCAGACCCUGCAAAAACAGCAAGAGUCGACAUUGUUUGCUCAUUUCCGACACGUCGUCUGGAAGCAGUUGUUCCCCCAUGAUCGCGACUUGGAUGACACGUAUGGGUUUGACCGCAAUGGCAUGACCUUGAGUGUCGACUUUCUCGAAAGAGAGGCGGCGCGAUUCCCUCCGCUCUCCCAUGCAAUCAUGACGGUAUCGGCUCUCAGCCUUUCCCACAGCGGCACCGGUCAAAAGGUCGAUGCCCUGCAAUACUACCAGCAGGCGUUUCCAUCUCUGCAGAUCAGUCUGCGCAACAACGACGAUCUGGUAUCUGAUGGACUAUUUCUCACCCACUUCCUUUUGCUGAUCUAUGAGGUCGCUGCCGCCGAACCCCAUGGAUCGAAUCUCUGGUCUCAUCACAUCUCACGCCUCCUUCACAUCGCCCUUUUGCGGCGCUCCAAGUUUGGCCGCGAGCCUCACCCUUUCAUCAUUUGGUGGAUCUGUCACAUCGACCUCUACGCUUUGCUGAGCGGUGCUGGGCAAGGAGACUUUGUGCGCACCCUCAUGGACCAUCAGAUGCUUCCGGAAUGGGACAGUUUGCUGUAUCCGUCCGCGGCCGAGGGAUACAGCGUGAUCUACUCCGAUGAACAUGACAGCCUGCCCACUCUCAUGCGUCUCUACGCCGAUAGCUUCUCCGUGGCGGCGCAGAUUGGCUUUCUGGGUGCAAGGUUGCGGCGAGAAAAGCACACUGUUCCAGGCUCCGAGUUUCAUCCUCAAACGCAAGAGAUGGCUGAACUUCGUCGCGCGUUGAGCCGUCUAUGGGAGGCUUCUGAUGUGGCUUAUUGGUCUCAACAUCGGGACAGUCUUCCUCGACGGUCGCGGGAGAUUCUGCAACAGUCGGCGACUUUGUACCACGUCAGUCACUUGUUCUCGUACAGCAGCAUGUACCCCCACCAGCGCCUCGAGGCCGAAUUCCAGUCGACACGUGAAAUCGACCACCACGCCAGUGAAAUUCUUCGCAUCGUGGAACAGACAACGCACACGCGUCGGGCCGACCGACACUUUUUGGUGUUUCCACUCUUCCUUGCCGGUGCCACGGCCUCGGCCAGCGGCCUGAAGAUGAUGGCCAUGGAACUUAUGACCAGCAUGGAAGAUGAGGAAGAUGGGCUGGGACGCAACACUGCCACCACUCGAGCCAUCCUCCAGACUGUCUACGAACGGCAAAUGGAUUGUCUGAUGCGGACGGGCCAUACCCUCGAGGUGGACUGGUCGGAGUUGAUGGCGCAGGAGGGUCUCCAAAUGGUCAACUUUGGGUUCUAG